CUCACAUACAUCAAAUCGCUACAGUAAUUUUUCCAUGAAAAAUAACGAAAAAUACAAUCCAAACACAACCUUAGUAUUCAGCAAGUACGUUUCUUUUGUCCUUGGAGCUCAAAACCAAGUGGGGCGUGUAAAGACUGUACUUUUUGGGAAGCUAUUUGAAGGCAUGUGGAUUACAAAAUAUUGGUGGGUUCAAGAGAAUUAUCACAGCUCAUUAGUGGAUGUGAUAAUCUUUCGAGAUUUUUAAGACUUUGUUUAAUAAUAAAGUUGAAAUCUCGUUAAUGAUUUUGAUUGGACUAAUGGGUUCUGAAAAUCCUCCCCUUCUUGGAGAUUGGUGAGGUGAGUGAGGCUUGGACUUGGAGUUCAUUUUUAAGAGGUGUUCCAGUUUGUCCAAGUUAAUGAAUUUCUUGCAUUUCUGAGUGGGAGUUGUGUUGUUUUUUCACCAUGCCCCUCUCUGAGUUCCUGAGAAUGGCCAGAGGAAAGCUUGAAUCUGCCCAACCGAAAACUGCAUCUUCUACCGAUCUAUCUCCAGCAACUGAAAAUGAUCUUGUUGAGCUACUGUGGGAAAAUGGUCAGAUUUUGAUGCAGGGUCAGUCUAACAGGGUUAAGAAGAGCCCUAAUUUGAAUGAUUUUCCAUCACAGGAGCCUGGAAUUCGAGAUAGGUUCACUGGAAAUGUCAGCACUUCAAAAGUUGGGAAGUUUAUUGAGAUUGGGUCUACCUUGAAUGAUGCUAUGCCAUCAGUGCGAUCAGGAGAGACUUAUUUGAAUCAAGAAGAUGAGAUGGGGCCGUGGUUGAAUUAUCCUGUAGAUGAUGGUUUUAGAUCAGAUUUUUGCUCUGAAAUCUUACCAGAAAUAUCUGGUGUAACUGGUAAUGAGACAUCCGCCCUUAACAGCUUCGGAUUAGUGGUCAAGGGAAGCUGCAAUCAAAUGCCCCAGCAUUCGUAUGCAGUUCCGGUGCAUAAUGGUUUAGAUAUAGAGGCAAGGAAUGCAUCAAAGGUUUCUUCUUCAAGGACGGGUUUGUUGAGUCCAUACUCAUCGCAGCAAUGCCAAUUAUCUGUUGCACCUGCAGGAUCGGGAGUUUCAAGUGUAGUUAUGAAUACCACAAGCAACAAUCCAGUUACAUUUUUUGGAGAUACAGGUCAAGGUCAAGCUUCCCCAGGUGGUUUGGUUAGCAUGAAGAUGCAGAAUCAAAAAGUGGGGGCAUCCAAUUUUUUGAAUUUUACCCAUUUUUCAAGACCAGCUGCUCUUGUUAGAGCUAAUCUUGAGAAAACUGAUGGCGUAGCUGCUUCCUGUUCAUCAGGUAUUGAAAAGGUCUCUGCGGUGAGUAGUAGUAGUCCUGUCAAAUCUACACAUAAGCCAUCUAGUAACUCCCAGAAGGAUAUUUGCGUCCAUAACCAACCUAAAUUGGUCUCGACCAAGGUAGAUUCCAGACCAUCAGUUGAUAAGCCACCUGAGGAGUCAUGCAGUGCUCAUCGACCUGAUAAUUUGCACUGGGAUGAUUCAAUUAAGAAUGAUAAGUCCUCGAGCCCGAUAAUUGGUUCUAGCAUCACUAAAGAAGUGAAAGACAGUGAGAAUCCUGUUGAACCUGUUGUUGCUGCUUCCUCUGUGUGCUCUGCAAAUAGUGGCGAGGGAGCUUCAAACGAUCAGAUGCAUACACUGAAGAGAAAACAUUGUGAUAACGAGGAGUCUGAAUCACGAAGUGAAGAAAUUGAAGAAGAAUCUGUGGGUAUAAAAAAAGUAGCUCAUGCAAGGGGUGUUUCUGGUUCAAAGAGAAGCCGAGCUGCGGAAGUGCAUAAUCUGUCUGAGAGGAGACGAAGAGAUAGGAUUAAUGAGAAGAUGCGUGCAUUGCAAGAACUUAUACCCAACUGCAAUAAGGCUGACAAAGCUUCGAUGCUUGAUGAAGCCAUUGAGUACUUAAAGACUCUUCAACUUCAAGUACAGGUGAUGUCAAUGGGAGCUGGAUUGUGCAUGCCUCCAAUGAUGUUUCCAACCGGAUUACAACACAUGCACGCUGCUCAUGUGCCACAUUUUCCUCCCAUGGCUGGUGGAAUGGGCAUGGGAAUGGGUUAUGGGAUGGGAAUGCUAGACUUGAAUUCUGGAUCUCCACGAUUUCCGAUAUUUCCUCUACCGCCCAUGCAAGGAGCACAUUUCCCUUCUCCAACUAUUUCUGGAUCUUCUGGUUUCCAAGGCUUAGCUGGAUCAAACCUUCAGGUGUUUGGGCAUCCUGGUCAAGGAGUUCCUAUGUCAAUCCCAAGGGCUCCCUUAGUUCCUUUGGUGGGGCAAGCUCCCAUAAGUUCAGCUGUGGGUGUGGAUACCUCAAGAAUGGGAAUUCAUGUUGAAGCUUCAAAUGCAUCUCCAACUUUAAAUUCUGUUGUUGAAGUGCAGAAUAAAAAUUCACAGCUAAAUCAUAAAACUGAUACUGGCAGCUCAAUAAGCCAGACAUCUAGUCAGAAAAAAAAGGGUUCAAGUUCUAUGUUUGUUCAGAAUCUGGAUAGACUGUUGAUCAGCUUUCUAGCUGAUUUGAUUAGCAUCCGUUGCGCCUAUUCAUCAACUCUCUUAUCUCGUCAGCUGCAGGCAACAAAUAAGGAAUUUGAUCAGUCUGCCAUGACUUCAAAGGAUGAUCAGGCACCUGAUGUUUGUGCUGCGGCCUCCAUUAACAUGGCGAGUACAACUGAUCUCGUAUGUGACAAAGAAAAAGAUGUUUACGCGACAAGUCAUGUCUGUGAACUGAAGUUCUUCGCUAAAAUCAUUGGAUAGUGAGGCUAAAAACACCCCGUUUCAUGUGCAGGGAGUAAUGGGAUGUGCAAGGGGUGAUUAACAGUGAUGACUAAGGUUCCAGCAGCCACAUGGAAUUCUUCCAGUUAGUGCCAUUUCUGUCCUGAGAAAGAGUCAUCGGUGACUUAUAUGAAGACGAGGGUUUUGCCGAGUUGUAGACACCAAAGAAUCGUUUUACGUUAUUGACUUGUCUGAUUUUUAAUAUUAGGACUGUAUAUUACAAGCUGCACAGGUUUUUGUUUUGAAGAGAACUUUUUGCUUCAUAUGUACACUUUUUUUUAACGUAAACUCUGCUGCAAGAGCAGCUGGUUUUGAUCUUGAGAAAUGCAAUGAAAAUGGUUAUUGGACA